AUGGCUGAAGCAUCAGCACCACCUCUCUCCCCAUCAGACUUUGGACUUUUGUCUCCACCUCCUGACCUGUGCACGUCAUGUGGCCACAGCCACCCGCUGGAGGAGAACCAUGAGUACAUUUACAAAGAUGAGGUGGACGACGACCUUGUCUGUCACAUCUGCCUACAGCCGCUCAUCAGACCCCUGGACACACCCUGUGGACAUACCUAUUGCCAGGAGUGUCUCACCAGCUUCCUUCUGGAGAGUGACUUCUGCCCUGUGUGCCGCACGCCCUUAAUGCUGCAGACCUGCAGGAAGCCCAGCCUGCUGGUGCACAAGCUGCUGGACAAGCUGAUUGUGGCUUGCCCCUUCACUGACCAUUGCACUGAAGUACUGCCCCGUGGUGAAAUGGAAGACCACAUCAAGAGCAGGUGUAAAGGAGCCUCUCACUAUGGCCUCUCAGCAGACAGGAAGCGACGUUCACAGGAGGGUGAAUGCACUGACAGCACAUCAGAACUCACCAUCGCCACACUACCAAAUGAUGGCCCCACCUCGGCCGCCGUGGCCCUCCUGUCAGAUGAACCCGGUCUGGUCAACCCUGCUUUCGACCCCAGCAUGGAGGACAACAGCCAGUCAGGCAGCACGACCAGCUUGGCUGCUCGCAGCAGCGGCAAGAAGAUCAGAAACUUUGACCGUUCUUCAGUGAGGAGCCGCUCUUUCAGGAGACUGAACCGGGCGUUCAGUGUUCUGCGGAGGACCAAGAGUGGCAACGCAGUGAGCAAUGAAACAUCUGAAGAGAGAGACAAUACCAGGAAUUCCAGUGUGCCACAGGAAGUGCUGGCUCUUCCGCAGCUCCAUCACUUGAUCCCUGAUGGUGAAGUUACCAGUAUUAAGAUCACACGGGUGGAUCCCUCAGAGCCGCUGGCCAUCAGCAUUGUCGGCGGCAACGAGACCCCCCUGGUUCGCAUCCUCAUCCAGGAUAUCUACAGAGAAGGUGUCAUUGCUCGUGAUGGACGCUUGCUGCCUGGGGACAUGAUCCUGAAGGUAAACGGCAUUGACAUCAGCAACGUACCCCACUGCUACGCCAUGGCAACCCUCAAACAGCCCUGCCAACUCCUCCGGCUAACCGUCCUCAGAGAGCAGCGCCACCGUUACCGUUCACAUUCGCACAGCCACCCACACGGCCACGGGCACGGCCACGAUGUCGCCGGGGGCCACCUGUCUCACGGCCUACCUCACCACCCCUUGAGGGAUGACAGCAUCCACGUGGUCCUGAAUAAAAGCACUCCAGAAGAGCAACUGGGAAUUAAGCUAGUGAGGCGGCCGGAGGAGCACGGAGUCUACAUCUUUCACCUGCUGGAGGGAGGCCUGGCAGCACGUGACGGACAGUUGUGCGUCGGCGACCGCGUGCUAGCCAUCAACGGGCACGAUCUACGCUAUGGAGCGCCAGAACACGCUGCUCUGCUUAUCCAGGCAAGCGAAGAGCGUGUCCACUUCAUAGUAUCACGUCAGAUCUGCCUGCCUACCCCAGACAUCUUACAAGAGGAUCCGUGGGCUAUGGAUGGUCCCCCACCAUAUUCCCCCGUGGAUAUAGAGCAAACACUACUGGACUCUUGUCAGAAGCCUGCAUGCUAUGAGAAGACAGUUACUCUGACCAAGGAGCCCUACGACUCUCUGGGUAUGACGGUGGCAGGCGGCAUGUCCAGCCGAGGGUGGGACCUCCCUAUUUAUGUCACAAACGUGGACCCCGACGGAGUGGUGGGACAGGAGGGCUCCAUCCGCAAAGGUGACAUCUUGCUAAACGUGAACGGGGUGGAUUUGACGGGGGUGACACGAGGCGAAGCUGUGGCCAACCUGAAGAACACCUCCUCUCCUGUUGUGCUCAAGGUCUUGGAGAUGCGUCCUCCCGAUGAAAGCCUGCAAGAGUGCCCAUUGCCACCCUGUCUCACACCCUCACCAACAGAUAGCACCAAGAGCCCACUGCCCAAUGAUGAUUACUCCCCACUGUGGGUGUCAUGGCUGCAGCUUCCCAGGCAUCUCUACUGCUGCAAAGACAUUGUCCUGCGGAGGAGCACUUCGGGGAGCCUGGGCUUCAGUAUCGUAGGAGGUCAGGAGGAGGUCAACUGCAAUCAAUCCUUUUUUAUUCGCUCCAUCGUGGAGGGAACGCCAGCCUACAAUGAUGGCAGGAUAAGGUGUGGGGACAUCUUGCUCGAAGUGAACGGGAACAGUACAUGGGGAAUGACCCACACAGCAUUAGUGCGUCUUCUGAAAGAGCUUCGAGGCAGAAUCACCCUGACCAUCGUCUCCUGGCCGGGCAGCCUGCUGUAGCAGUGCUCCAAGCCAUCAAGCGCUGCUACAGUGGCACUGACCAAGGAAUG